AAAGCCAGCUGUCAUUUUAUGGUUUUCAAAAACCGAAAAGUCUCUAAUAAGACAAAACAAAACAUCAAAACUAGUUGUUUUGUUCAAAACCCAGAUAAAAUUAUAAUCGGAUUCUUACUUCGAUAUAUUUCGGUCGUUGGCACCGCGAAACCCACCGCAUUUAGUUGUUAUUCAAGGAGAAAAGUGGGUGUGCAUACAAAUACCUAUUCUGUUUUGAAAUGACUUGAUGUGUCCACACAACAUGGAUUCUAAUAAAUACAGCCCAACAAAAACAUAUCCAGGUGCUCUUGAUAACAAUGAUGAGCCAUAUCCAAGUUUAUCAGAUUAUCAUGAUUAUGAGCCCAAUCUUGAGUUUGAUGACACAGAACUACAUCAAGCACCAAAUAUUUUGGAAUCCACAGUUGAAUUACUCAACGCUGAAGCAAAUGGUAUUGUAUCACCUGAAUCAGAUUUUGGGGAAGACAAUUUUGAAGACCUGGCUGAAAAUUUAGACAGCAUGACUUUUUGUUCCACUUCUUAUCCAGAGGUGGGACAAGAACCUGCUGAGGAGUUUGCAGAAAUUGCCAAACAUGGGAUUAUUGAUGUGAAAGGUGAUGAUUCUGGUGGCAGGAAAAUUAUUGUGGUUUAUGCCUGUAAAUUACCUCCUGCCAAAGACAUUGAUCAUGGACUGUUUUUAAGAUAUCUGAUGCAAACACUACAAACAUAUGUAUCGCAAGAUUACACCUUAGUCUACUUUCAUUACGGCCUUAACAGUAAAAAUAAGCCAUCUUUAAAAUGGUUGGUACAGGCUUACAAAGCCUUUGAUCGCAACUACAAGAAAAAUCUCCAAGCUUUGUACUUGGUGCACCCAACAAGUUUUUUGAAAUUCGUCUCGCAGCUGUUUAAACCACUGAUCAGUGCGAAAUUCGGCCGCAAAUUAAAUUAUAUUUUUUCCCUUGAAGAGCUCAAUACACACAUACGAACAAGUAAUUUGGAUAUACCACAGGAAGUUAUAGAGUAUGACCAAAAAAUCAAUGUUUCUUCCGCAACUCCAACUGAAGCUGAGGAGGCUGUGGAACAUUUAGCUACGCAACAAUUCGGUGUCACGUUGUCCGACAUCAAGAUUCAUUACAAUGUUUCCAUUCCGCCUGUUGUUAAACAAUGCGUGGAAUAUCUGGACCAACCUGACGCGCUAGAGACUGAAGGAUUGUUUAGAAGGUGUGCGGGCAUAGAAACAGUGAGAGCUUUACAACAAAUUGCUGAUAGAGGAGAAGCUUUACAAUUCGAAGGUCCUCAUCAAGCUGCAGAUCUACUCAAAAAGUUUUUGCGGGAGUUAAAAGAGCCUUUGUUAACUUACGACUGCUAUGAUGAAAUACUUCAAUUCCAAAGUUGGUCCAAGGAGGAACAACUUCGUAACGUACAGAUUUUAGUAAUGGAAAAGCUGCCCAAAGAAAACUACAAUCUUCUGAAAUACAUAGUGAGCUUCCUAAGCAGAGUUCAGGAACGAUCCGACUUGAAUAAAAUGACAGCACAAAACUUGGCUGUGGUUUUCGGUCCGAAUUUGGUAUGGUCUUAUAAAUAUUCGAUGUCGCUUGCAUCAAUUGGACCUAUUAAUAACUUUACGGCGUUUCUUCUUCUGCAUCACAAUGAAAUAUUCAUCAUAUAGGAGUCCUGUAAUAACUGUGAUUUUUUGUUUUAAGUUUAGGGUACAAACGUUGUUGCAUUUAAUCCUAUAAUUUCAAAUUCCUGCUUCUGAUAUAAGCUUUGGCGUUUCUUACUUGGUUCUAAUGACAAAUCUUCAAGAUGUUUUCUCAUGGUUAUUGAAUAAAUUGUUAUCUUAUUUGGAAGUGUAAUUUAUGUAAGCGAAAAAUUCGCAAUGUUAGAUUGUGCGACGAGUUUAAAAAAAUAUGAAAUGAGUUUUUUUGAACGUGUCGCAUUUGUAUAAUAUUUAAAGUACUGAAUGUGUUGCUUAUUUUACAAAAAACAACAUAUAAAGACUUGUAAAAAUAUAGUUAUAGACAAAAAAGUAUAUAAAAUGUAUACCAGAACAAAUGUAGUAGUUUUGUAUAAUAUACCGCGUACCUGUACAUUAACGGAAAUCACAAGAAAUUUGUUUAUGCUGCUUGUGAUUACUAUUAAUGAAUGCGUUAGCGAUUUUAUAUUAAAAAUAGUUAGUCAAAGUACCAAAGAAAACGUAUAUUUUUUGCUAUUUUUUAUUGUUCAUAAAUUAUUUUGCUACAUUUGUCUGAAUUAAUUUUUGUAGGAGGAAGUUAAUUUGAUUUAUUAAAAAUUUAACAAUCGGAACUGAACUAGAGGUACCUACAUAAAUCAAUUCUGCUACAUUACAAUUUCUUAUAGAUAGUGCCAUUCAUAUUUGACUUGAUUGUUUUCAAAAGUAUAUACAGGGUAUUGUUAGUCUUGCUGCUAUGUAUAUUCAUAUCAUUUGUUUAUAAUGUAUGACUUUCUCCUAUAUAAAGAUUAUUAAUAGUUUUUAACAAAUGUAUGUAUUUAAUGGCGUAGUUAAGAUUUUGUUUUUAUAUAUGGGCUACAUAUUUUCAAUUAUCAUCUAUUUUUGUGAAUGAUAUUUUUAUAUAAGUUUAUUGAUGUCGCCUACUUAUACUUUUGUAAACAUUAACAGACUGAUUUAAUUCAAAUUUUCUAUGUAAAUUCCUGUGUAUUAACAACUGUAAAUUAACAAUUAUUAUUAUUUUAA